AUGUCUUUGUUGGAUGCUAAGGAUGAGUUUGCUUUGAAUUUAAUUAAGAAAGUGGCAUUGAAGGAGUUGGCUAACCACAGCCCCCAAUGUCCUUUUUUUGAGACUGUGGCCUUAGAACUCAUCUCUGAGUUUGUAGAAGUCAUCCCACCGGUUCUCCUUGCUGAUAUACUUCCUCAUUUGCAAAAGGGUCUUGAGGCCAAAAGCAGGCUUUGGAGCACAUAUUCUACCCUCUCAAUGACAAAAAUCCUCUUGAAGGCAAAACAUGGAUCCUUUCGUGUCAAUCCAGCGCUUCUUUUAAACAACACAUUGGAGUUUCUCUACUUCACUCGAACUGCUAAAAGGAAUGAUUUUACCGUCUACCUAGUUGGAGGAGCUCUACGUGCUUUGGUUCGUGAGGUGUGUAAACAACACGAGCCUUCAAUGUUGCUGUUUCUGGAAUCACGAAUCUUUCCCGUAAUCGAAGAGCUCCUCAACGAUUGUCUGACUUGUGAGACUCUCCUUCCAUCUCUGUGUGAUUUGGUGACACAACUCAUUCAAGUACAGAGAUCAACUCUAUCGGUCAAAUACGUUGACAUAGUGUAUUCUCUAGUCUCUGCUGAUGCCUGGUUAAAAGCUAAUGAUGCUGCAGCUUUGGUUCGAUUGGUGCAAGCUCUGCUCCUCAACAAUCCUCAAGAGUUUAGGUGGAGCAUGGUAUUUAGGAUGCUCACUGGCCUUGUUUCAUCGCCAAAAGCAGUUGGAGAUGGAGUCAAUGGGCUCAAGCUUCUUGUUGGGACAGGGACGCUUAGUUACAGGGACAUAAGUCCUUUCAUGUCUGAAAUGUGGGCAGCUGUUAACACUGUGGUUGGGACUCAGAAGAUCCUCUUGUUGUCACUCUUUGUUGUAAAGCAUGGAGUAGACCCCCUCAUCACAGAUCUGAAUGCUGUGAGGGGCACAAACUUCAAAUCUGUAUUGGUGAAGUGGAUUCCAGAUUUGAAGCUUGUCAAGGAAGAAUAUGAUGUGAAGCUGGCUGUGGUUGCUGGGACGAGAGUCAUCUGUCAUCCUCGUGUAUUUGAAUAUGAGUCGUCCCAUGAAAGAUGGGGUUCGUUUGUGGAAAACAUCUUGGUCCUUCUCAUCAAGAAGCAGAAGAAAGGAGAUUCAGAGGAUCUUAUUCCAGAGGUUGAGGAUCCCAAGCUGUUUUUGGUAACCUCAUUGUCUAAGCUGACAGAGGAUCAUCCAGCCAAAUACCUUAACAUGUUUGCUAAACAUGUUAAUCGAGGGUUAGUGGCUGAGUUACAGAAAUUGUGCGAUGAUUACAAUGUCAAUCUGGAAUUGCCUCCAGUUGAGACGAAGGGGAAGAAGAAGAAGAAGUAAGGCCAUAUUCAGUCAAUAUUCAGUCAAAAUUUACCUUAUUUAUUUCUUCCGUAA